AUGACGAAGGAGGGUGCCAAUGCUCGACGAGCUACCUUCUUAAAAUGUCAACCUGGGCUAUUGAAGGCGGCGAGUGAAUUAUAUGCUUUUUGUGCUGUUGAGAUGGCCAUUAUCGUUCUCUCUCCUGGAGGCGAGCCUUUCUAUUUUGGUCACCCUUCUGUGGACGUGGCCGUGGAUAUGCGUGAACAUCCAAAGAUGGCUAGUAUUGAUGCUACUCGACAGGCUCAAACCGAUAGGGACCAGAUCCUAAAGAAACUCAACAAACAAUAUGCCUACGUGCUCGAGCAAUUGAAAGUUGGAAUGAAAGGAGCUAAAGAGCUGGAUGACAUUAAGCCCCUGCGAAUCGAAAGCCUUAGCUUCAGCGAGCUUAUGAUAGUCGACGAAUGGCUGGAAGAUGUCGAGAAAGCAGUGGACUUGAGAAGCAUGGACCUCUUGGCCCUAGAGGCUUCAAGUUCAACUCCAUGCCCAAGGUCUACUGAUGCUUCCAUUAGAAGCGAACCGACGAUAGAUGUGAUGAUCCUCGUAAAGCAGAAGCUGGGAACUGAGUAA